AUGAGUUCCCCAGAGAAAAUCGACGAGGAAGACCUCGAUCAAAUGUGGAAAGAGGCGCAGGUUGAAUUUCAAAAGAUAUGCGGAAAGGAUCCAAAUGCUUUGGGUGUUUUGAGGGUGGAUGAAGUGAUCGCAAAAAUCGCUCAGAAGAAAGAAGCAGAUGAAAAAGCCAGUGCUAAAUAUCGGCGUGCAAAGGAUGCUAUCAACAAAACCCUUCUAUGCAUCCAAAAUCUUGGUGCCAUUGUUGCGGACGCAGCUUCGAAAGCAUUUGGCCCCUCGACCCUUUGCUUUAACGCCGUGUCUUAUCUUAUUACUUCCGCACAAAAUUAUUCCAAAAUAUUCGAUGGCGUGUCUGAGUUAUUCGAGCGUAUAUCCGCUUUUCUUGAUCGAUUUGAAGUAUACGCGAGAUCAAAAACUAUUGGUGUACAGAUUGACCUCCAUCUCCGGAAAAUCAUUCACGAGCUGCUCCGCAGUUUCAUGCGAAUCUGUUCCCUCUCAAUCAAAAUAUCUAAGCAAUCCAAACUGCUACUAGCGCUGGAAGUUUUCAGUUUCAGGACCGAUAAAGGAGUUUCCGAAGAGCUUGAAAAGCUAGAAACUUUGAUUCAGCGCGAGACUGGGAUGGGUGUUGCCCUGAUCUUAGAAUCAGUCAAAAUCAACGAGUCAAAUAUAGUCACGGGAUUUACUGAAACUAAAAGCUCGUUAAGGAUGAUUAAUUCAAAAGCUGAUGGCAUCACUAGUCAACUGGCUGGUGUUUCAAAAAUCCUGGAAAACGCGGCCAAAUCAAAGGAAGCAGAUGGGCUGUCCAAACGAAAUCGAGAAAAAAUCAAACAUGCGCUCAAAAUAGAAAAGGAAACGUGGAGGACAGACCAAGAAGAAUUUCUGAGGACAAUGGUUUCCGGUUCGGGGGAAUGGCUCCUUACAGACCCUCAGUUUGCUACAUGGGCAGAUAAGAAUGGGUACACGGCUCCUAUUCUGGCAUUUGAAGCCCGAGAAGGCUUCGGGAAAAGUUAUCUAUGUGCAACUACGAUAAGGCGUCUUUACGAGCUUUACCCUCCUGGAGAUACUGAGCAGCGGGUUACAGUUGCGUAUUAUUAUUUUCAGAAAGACAACAAAGACGAAAAUUCUGUGAAUAAGGCCCUCCGAGCCAUCGUUUGGCAGUUGACGCAACGCGAUCCGGUUUAUCAAAAGUUCGUCGCGGGGGCUUGUGAUCAGUCAGAGGAAUUUGGCAAUACCCUAGAACUCUGGAAGCAGCUUGUUGUCCAGUUCUCCACUAAGACUGAAGCAAAUAUAUUUGUUGUGCUUGACGGUAUCGACGAAGCCGAAACAGAGUCAGGCCACCCCCUUCUACAGAUACUACGCGACACUUCCUUAUUCGCAACUGAAAAACGCCCAGUAUCUUUACGAUUGCUUGUAACCGGGAGACCAAGGUCGUUUCUGGAGAUCAAUAAAACCCCGAACAUCGCAAUGUCAACAAUUCCACUUGGGGAACGAAAUGAGGGAGAUAUUCUGAAAUUUGUGGAAAAGAGAUUAGACAAUAUGGAAAUUUUCAAAAACUUAGAGCAAUCGGAUCUGCAAGAACUCAAGAUUCGCAUUCGCUCCGAGCUUAUUGGCGGUGCUCAAGGAGAUUUCUUCAAGCUCAACUACAUGCUUACUGAAAUUAGCAAGAAAAGGAGAAGAAGGGAAAUUGAAGAAGUCUUGGAGCAUGCUGCGGAAGAUCGUCAAGCCACAAUUGGUCGCGAGAUAGAACGGCUCAGGAAGACCUUAGGAGACGAAGACAUUCAAGACUUAAAUGAGCUUUUAACCUGGGUUAUUUACGCAAAGGAAUGGCCUCCACUUAAGACGCUUGCAUGCGCCAUGUAUGUUAACAAUGGUGAAAUCUCGCUCAUACCUUUGGAAGAGCAGAUACGGGAAAAGUAUUCCGCUCUCGUUGAAGUAUUGGAAGAUGGGACCGUCACACUCAGCUCCUAUUCCUCCAUCGUUGAGUAUUUCCGUUCGAAGUCGCAAGAGGCAGCCGAGGAGGAAGCGACACAUUCUGCGCUUCACGAGUCCGAAGUUGCUAUUGUUAGAAGAUUCUUGCUGAACGUCUGCGACGAUGAACUGUUUAAGAAAUUUGGAUUCGAAGAGUUCUUCCAGCGGAAACUGAGCCACAAAAAUACUCCAAUUCAUGUUGAUCUGGAAAACAUGCAUACACACAUUCUCCUCACUUGCCUCAAAGCCAUUUGUGAUAAACCGGAGAGCGACGUGACAGAACUUCUAGAGUAUGCUUUCUAUUGGCUCCCAGAUCACUUAAACGAUGUCGACUUGGCCCUUACUCCACCAAAGCCUAAAAUCGCUAUAGGGUCUCAGCUCAUUAAAUUGUUCUUAGACGAAGAGUGUGCUGACCGCUGGUGGACGGAGGAACGGAUGUGGAUGCGAACCUGGUGGGUUUAUGAGGAUAACUAUUCUUCCAUCGUCCUGAACUGGUUUAAAGAUUCUGCUGUCGUCAAAGGACUCACUGAAGAGCAAAAAGAAUGGGUGAACGGGCUUACUUCGAAAUCGCGCCCCGAUGAUGAUCUACUCCUGCCCCUGGCAAAAAUCAUGGCUAAGAGAUGGCUUCAAUCCCCUGAUUAUUGUCUUCCAAAGGAUGUUUAUUGGUGGCUACUAGGGUAUAUCACAAAAAUCCAAGAGCGAAAAGGCGAGGCAGCGAGAAUUGUUCACGACGUCGACCCAACUUUAGAGCAGAUUCUGGAGGUUGAAAAGUGGGCAAUGAAGGAGCUGGAUGUAGCUGAACAAGAUUCAGUGUGGGCAGCCCAGAUGGCGAAUACGUUCCGCCAUUUUUCUUUGUACGAGCAAGCUAUUGAGAGGAGCAUGGUAUCCAAGGACCUCGAUCCAUCAAACUGGCGCGCCCCAUUCUGUCUAGCUCAGACUUAUGCCCUUCAACAAGAGUACAAGCUAGCACUUGAUGUUCUUGGGGACAUCAUUGAGGUUUUCAGAAAGGAUGACAAACUUAUGGACGAGUCACGAACCGUCUUUUACGAUGAGAUACUGAAUUUCCUUGGUGAAUGGAAUGUGCAACUGCAGGAAUACAAUGCGGCCGUCGAGGCUUACCGCGAAAUUCACACCCAUAAUCGUGAUAGUUACGAGCCGAUUUUCAGGAUCCUUCAAAUACUCGAAAAACAAGGAAAGUGUGCUGAAAUGUUUGAAUAUCUUCAAGCUCUGGAUAAAGAAGUGGACAACGAAGCUGGACAGGGAGCUGGGCAACUUGAGGCCGUCAGAAAAACAUAUCGUUCUGCGGUCGAAGCCGCCAAAUCCAGUGAGGCGAGGCUUGCGACUCUAGCGGCACUCCGCUACUGGUUUUCAAUGUCACUAUAUUAUGAUUUCCCCGGCCGCGAUGCGCGCGAAGAAGCUAUAACUAUGUGGGAACAGAAUAAUAUGUUGACCCCUCGCAUCUCCGACUCGACGACAUCAAACCUGCGUCGGGCAACUACUAUAAAGCUAGCCUCCGUCCUUCUUCAAGAAGCGAGAGAAGCGGGUUUUGACAGCCCUACAGCAGGGGAAUAUCGAAACAAACUGGAUCGCCUCUGUCGAGGCGAUGAGACGGGAGAACCCAAUGGCUUUGACUUUAACGCGAAGCUCAUGCUGGCCAGGUUGGAUCAUCUCAUGGGAAACAAACCGAAGGCCGUAGAGAACCUGAGAAGCCAUGUUAGAAUAGCACUUGAUUUGUUGAGCGACGACGACGAGGAGAAUGAUUGGCAAGGAUAUCUGAGACUUUCAUUCUGUUUGAGUCACGUUGAUGAUGAUAUCAAUGCGCUGGCCGCUUGGUCAUUACUGGGACCGAAACCAAUAGAUAAGGACAACCAGAGUGGCAAUGAUGAAGACAAACAGCAAGUCGACAUUGGGCUAGCCAACGAAGAUAGGAUUACAAGCGAGAACGGAGACGAAGGCGAAGCCCUAUCGCAAACGGAUGAAGGAAAGGCGGAGGAGGAAAAGGGUAAAGAAGAGGACGAGACAUCCUCUGAUGCCGCCGCUAUGGCCAGUUCCCCUGUCCCCAGUGACCCCGGCGCAGACGGUGGGAAUAUGUAUAUUCUGUGCGAUGGUGGUUGCGGCCGUGUUUGGAACACCGCAGAUAAUAUCUACACCUGCAAGGAUUGUCUCAACGUAUUAUUUGACGAAAAAUGCUAUGAGACUCUAAAAGCUGGCGCUUUUGAGGGAAAAGUGUGCAAUAAGACACACAACUUUUUGCAUGUUCCUCCCUGGGACUAUGACGCCGCGGCGGCGGUUCCUGAGCGGCACGUUCGGGUUGGAGAGGAACUGAUUUUGAUUUCGGAGUGGCUUGAUAGAAUUCGAAAGGAGUAUGGGCUUAACUGA